AUGUCUAUUAAAUAUUUUUUAUCUAUCUAUCUAUCUAUCUAUCUAUCUAUCUAUCUAUCUAUCUAUCUGUCUGUCUCAUAUCUAUCUAUCUAUAUAUAUAUAUAUAUAUCUAUCUUGAUCUGUUCUAAUCAAUGUACUUUACUAUGUUCAUUAUCCAUCUAUCUAUCUAUUUAUCUAUCUAUCUAUCUAUCUAAGUUGAUCUGUUCUUAUCUAUCUAUCUAUCUAUCUAUCUAUCAAUCGUCGUAUUUGUGUCUUUUCAUUGCCUGUCCAUUAUCUACUCUUUGCACUUAUCUUCAUUCUCAUUCUAAUAUUUCCUAUCUUGGUCAAAGCCUGUUUGGCUACUUCCUUAUUAGCACAACCUUCCUUAUUCUUUAUAAGGAAAUUCUACUCAUUUCAUCUAUUAGAAGAGAUGACAUCAUAAGAUAUAUGAAAACCUCUUCCCGCCACCCUCCAAAAAAAAAACGAGGCUUCACUACACAAUUCAAAAUGUCUGAGUUAAAUACAUGCGACUCGGAUGUAAUCAUUACACAGAAAUGGAAUGAAUGUGGUCACCGGAUAUCUUUCUUUCUUUCUCUCUCUGAUCUCUCACACACACAAAUAUGCUCAUUCAUAAACACACAAAUACAAAAGGAUCUCUCUCUUUCUCUCUCUCUCUUCUCUCUCUCUCUCUCUCUCCAUCUUCUAAUUACUACUUUUAUCUCUAACUUUGCUAUUUGCUUAAUUUUUUCACUCGUGCCUCCUCUGGAGUAA